CUCAAGGUUUUAGAAAGCAAAACCUAAACGAAACCAAUCUCAUUUCUCAUCUCCACAACACAACACAACAGAGGCGCAGCCAUGGCUUUAGUGCGACCAGGCUCAGCGAACCAACCGGCGAAGAUCCGAUGGGGCGAGCUCGACGAGGACGACGGCGAGGACCUCGACUUCCUCCUGCCGCCGAAGCAGGUGAUUGGCCCCGACGAGAACGGCAUCAAGAAGGUGAUUGAGUACAAAUUCAACGACGAGGGCAAUAAGGUCAAGAUCACCACCAUCACUCGCACCCGGAAACUCGCCAAUGCUAGGCUCAGCAAGCGGGCCGUCGAGCGCCGCUCCUGGCCCAAAUUCGGAGACGCCGUUCAUGAGGACGUCGGCGCCAGGCUCACUAUGGUCUCCACUGAAGAGAUCCUCCUCGAACGCCCUAGGGCUCUUGGCACCAAGGCAGAAGAACCAAAGAAUGCAGGAGACUCUUUGGCACAACUUGGCAAAGGAGGUACUAGUCUCAAGCUUUGUAGGGUAUGUGGUAAGAAGGGUGACCACUGGAGUGCACAGUGCCCAUACAAAGAUCUUGCCCCACAGACGGGAGCGUUUAGUGACAAGGCUCCUACAUCAGAUGCAACAACUGCAGUUCCUGGCUCUGGCAAGAGUACAUAUGUUCCUCCAGGCUUAAGAGCAGGAGCAGAGAGGACUGGUUCUGAUAUGAGACGAAGGAAUGAUGAGAAUUCUGUUCGUGUCACCAACCUUUCUGAGGAUACACGGGAGCCUGAUUUGCUAGAACUUUUCAGGCCUUUUGGUGCUGUUAGCCGUGUUUAUGUUGCUCUUGAUAAAGACACCCAAGUUAGCAGAGGAUUUGGUUUUGUUAACUUUGUGAACAGGGAAGAUGCCCAAAGAGCCAUCAACAAACUGAAUGGUUAUGGUUAUGAUAAUCUCAUCCUCCGGGUUGAAUGGGCGACACCCAGGGCGAAUUAGACUCUUUUCCUUUCUGUUCCCCUUUGUUCUCUUAAUCUUAUAAAGAUGUUGGCAUUAAGAAUGUUUAACUAUAUUUUAGUUCUAUAAUGUUUCGUUCCUAUCCUCUGUGUAAACUUUAUUUCAGAUUUUGGUUUCCCGUUUUGGUUAUCAAAAUUUGCGGUACGAGUAUUUAUUUA